AUGUCUAAACAAAAAAGUAGUAGCAAGCAUUACACAACGCUUGAGAAAAAAAUUCUCAUUGAAAUCUUAAAAAAAUACAGUAAUGUUAUCGAAAAUAAGAAAACUGAUUCUACUACUUUGAAAGAAAAAGAUAAGACGUGGAAUAUAAUUACUGAAGAAUAUAAUUCGUCCAGCAAUGUUACUGAAGAGAGAUCGAUACAACAACUUAAAAAACUUUGGGCCAACAUGAAAGCGACACAACGAAAUAUUUUAACGAAGGAACGUCAAGCAAGAUUGGGUACGGGAGGUGGCCCUGAGGAAAAAGUGCCUGAAAUAGAUCCAGAUAUUGCACUUGUUUCACCAAAUUUAUUAGAAAUGGCACCAACACAAUUUUCGUCCGACCUAUCUGAGGCUGAAAUGCGUAAACAAAGACAACGAAUUCGAGAUAAUCCAGAUAUGAUAAUAGUUGACAAUAUAGAACAAGAACAGGCUGAAUCUUUAUUAGAAAUAGACAUUACUAACUCGGAAUUAUCUCAUGAAGAAAGCGUUAUAGGGGAUUACAUUAUUGAAGAUGAAAGUGGAGAAUGUCACAAAGCCAAAGCUAAACGAUCAAUGUUGACAGAUAUUAAUCCAACUAGGACGAAGAAAUACUGUAUUGAAAUGUCAAGUACAGAACAAGAGACAUCAAAAAUAUCGCAACCCAAGACUACUCCAUUAUUGGAGCUUCCUGCAUCAAGUAUAUGUUAAUAUUAUAUACAAAUAAGCCAAUUGUAUAUGUAUAUACAUCUUAUAUAU